UCUCUGUCACUCUUUUAAUAAAACACCUUCUAAUUCUCUCUCUCGCUUUGCUAAUUUCAGUAAACGACUUGCGCUGUAUGCUUUCCAUGGUUAAGCUUUAAUCUCUUCCUUCAAAUGAUUGCUUCCGAGCUCUCCAAGUCUCAAUCCUCUCCAAUGGCGAAAUCCCCUUUAAGAAAUAAAGCUUCUUCCUGUUUCAGUGAUGUUUUUCUCUAUCUUGGCGGUGCUUUGCUCGCUUUUUUGCUUGUAUGGUCUCUUUGGUCUUAUGCCGGACCUGACAUUGCCGGUGGUUUUCCGCCCAGGGUCACUGAUUCAAAGCUCAGGUUUGGUUUCGAUUCACGAGGUUGCUUACAGGAAGAACCGGCUGUUAACCUCCGAUAUGACCCUCCUGAUCGAACAUUCUACGACGAUCCGGAGCUGAGAUAUUCUAUCGAGCACCGUAUUAAAGACUGGGAUGAGAAGAGAAAGGAGUGGCUGAAAUAUCACCCUUCGUUCGCGGCCGGGGCUCGCGAUCGAGUGGUGAUGGUGACUGGAUCGCAGCCGAAGCCGUGUAAGAAUCCAAUCGGCGAUCAUCUUUUGUUAAGAUUGUUCAAGAAUAAAGUGGAUUACUGCAGAAUCCACGGGUACGAUAUCUUCUACAACAAUGUUCUGCUCCACCCGAAAAUGAACAGUUUCUGGGCGAAACUGCCGGCGGUGAAAGCGGCGAUGCUGGCUCAUCCGGGGGCAGAGUGGAUCUGGUGGGUGGAUUCCGACGCGAUGUUCAGCGACAUGGAAUACAAACUCCCGUUACGGCGUUACGAUUACAAGAACCACAACAUGGUGGUCCACGGCUGGGCGAAUCUGAUAUACGAUGAGAAGAGCUGGACUGCCUUGAACGCCGGUGUUUUCCUGAUCAGAAACUGUCAAUGGUCUAUGGAUUUCAUGGACAGUUGGGCCCAAAUGGGCCCCAUAGGCCCAGAAUACGUGAAGUGGGGCCAUAUUCAACGCUCCAUAUUCAAAGACAAGCUUUUCCCGGGAUCGGACGAUCAGACGGCUCUGAUUUACCAGAUAUAUAAAGACAAAAGUUUACUGGACAAGAUUUAUCUAGAAGGGGAGUACUACUUCGAAGGUUACUGGUUAGAGAUAGUUAAGACGUACGAUAACGCCACCGAGAAGUACAUGGAAAUGGAGAGGGAGAAUCCGAAAUUGAGGAGAAGACACGCAGAGAAAGUGAGCGAGCAAUACGGUGCGUUUAGGGAGUCGCAGUUGAACGAGGCAGGUAACGCUAAAGGGAGCUGGAGAAGGCCGUUCAUUACGCAUUUCACGGGAUGCCAGCCAUGCAGUGGCAACCACAACGAGCUUUACAAAGGAGACAGUUGCUGGAACGCGAUGACGAGAGCCUUGAAUUACGCCGAUAAUCAGGUUCUGAGAAACUAUGGGUUUAUGCGUCCGGAUUUGCGGGAUACCAAAACGGUGGUGGAGACGCCGUUUGAUUACCCUGACGAUGGUCCGUGGUAAAAUUGUAAGAAAAACACAGAGGUAAAAGGUAAAAUUUGCUGGAUAAAAGUGAAUUUUCUAGUUGAAAGUAAGAGAUUUUCUUUCUGAAUUUGUACAUGGUGAUCUUGUGGGGUUUUAAAUGGGUGGGGCAGAAGCAUCCCAUUAUAAAUUUGGAAACUUUAUUCAUUGGUUGAUAGCAUUGAGUGGAGCUAUGAAGAACUCGCUCGAGUUUAUGUGAGGAUGAGAACUUCCU